GUUUAUUGAGUGAUAAUUACUUCGAUCGGGACAGACGGUAUUAAUAAAUUCAUGAAGUUAUUGAUGUUUUUAUCAAUAUCACGUUAGUGAUUCGCGCACUUGAUUACAUUUAUUAGUGUUUACACAAUGGAGUACGACAAUGAGGAGAACACUUGGCGCCGACCCUCCGCGCAGAAGGUGGACCGGUCGAAGUGCAAUCAGAUCCCGAAGCGGUCGAGCACGGUGGCUGUGGUGGUGCUGGGCCUGGCCGUGAUGAGCUGCCUGCUCGGCUACUGCGUGCUCAGCGAGACGCUACCCUACGAGUCGAGGACUUUACGACUUGUUAUUAUUUUUUUUCGCCAUGGAGCUCGGACUCCUAAUACAAGUUAUAAGACUGACCCUUUCAAAGCAUACCAAUGGCCAGAAGGCUUGGGAGGGCUGACCAAUACUGGAAAACUUCAAUUAUAUGAGUUGGGAAAGAAGUACCGCAGUUAUUAUGCUAAUUUUAUUGAUGAAGAAUACUAUGAAAAGGAUGUGCAAGUUGGAAGCAGUGACAAAUCUAGGUGUCUGAUGAGUGCUGCUACCUUCCUGGCCGGCCUGUACCCUCCAGCAGAGCGACAAAUCUGGAACCCCGAGCUGCUGUGGCAACCUAUCCCCAUUCACUCCUUACCAAGACACUUAGAUAAUAUUGUUGCUAGUACUAAACCUUGCAAAGUUUGGAAAGCUAUGUAUGAAGAAUUACUUGAGAAAUCUAAUAAAGAUGCAAAAUACACAAAACUUUUUGAAUACUUGAGCAAUCACACAGGCCAGGAUAUGCACAGUGUGUUGGAAGUUGAUUUCCUGUAUAGCACCUUCCUGUCACAGCAAGAGGCCGGGCUCAAGAUUCCCGAGUGGACUAAAAAUUAUUUCCCAAAUCAAAUGAGGUCUGCAUUCAUGCACAGCCUGGCCCUGCUCUCCCAUAACCACACUUUACAGAGAUUCAAAGUAGGUCCGCUGUUGAGUGAGAUGAGGGAGAACCUAGAAAAGAGUGUGAGCUACAGCGGCGAGGGCCCCGCGCCGCGUUCGCUGCUGGUGUACUCGGGGCACGACGUGAAUGUGGUGGCGCUGUGGCGCGCACUCAACUACACCGAGGCCCUCGAGCCAGAGUACGGCGCCAGCCUCGUCUUCGAGCUGCACGAGGAACUCGAUCAAGGCUUCUUCGUCAAGGUGUUUUAUCGCAACAAUACCAAGAUAGAAGUACCAAUGGAGUUAAAACUGUCGUUCUGCGAGGAGCCGUGCCGCUACGCCGACUUCCUGCAGUACAUCGACACGCUCAUCCCCGAGGACUGGGACGCCGAGUGCCAAAACACCCCGCACUGAACGACCCAUGCCUCGAGUGCCGCGCGAGACUGCCUCUGGGUAAAUAUUCUGCGUUUGUACGCCG